AUGGAGGAGCAUCGGGACAUCGUGCUCGUCCCAUGCCAGGAGAGCUACUCGUCGCUCCCCCUGCAGACCCUCGCCAUGCUGAGCUUCUUCUCCCUCAAUGUGUCGGUCCCAUGGAUCGUCAAGACGGACGACGACGUCUUCAUCCGGGCCAACUCGCUCCUCCUCCACCUGCAGGCCGUCGCGUCCAUGUACCCGCCCCGGUCAAGAGUCUACGCAGGAUGGAUCGUGAGAGGAGCUAAGGUGCAUCGCAACGGCAAGUGGGCGGUAAGCAAGAGGCAGCAUGCGGCGGAUGUCUACCCGGCAUACGCGUCCGGGCCAACCUAUGCACUGACGCUGCCGCUGGCGAGGAGGAUCGUUGGGAUGAACAAGAAGCUGCUGGAGGAGGGUGGGGAGGAGGAGAUGGCGAGGUCGGUACACCUCGAGGACAUCGCGACCGCCCUGUCAGUGGACCAGCUGUCGAGGUCGAUGAAGGUUCACCUGCAUGACGACCGCAAGUUUCACAAGGGAAGGUUCUGCGAGCCCUGGGCCCUGUCGAUCCUCCUCGAGGGCGGGAGGCCCCUCCUGUUUCAAGAUCAGGACCUGCUGCAGGCCAUGCUUGCUCUCUCAGCCUCCGAGCGUGAGUCCUCGCUCAACGCCACGACCUCGCCUUCUGCUCCUGCUGCUCCUCUCGAGGCUGAUGAGUUCUUCUGUCCCCCUGGCACUCUGCGAUCUGACGUGGAGGGGAGAAUCGCUUGCUCCUCGUCUCUCGGGAACCCGCGGGAGGUGAAAGAUUGUGCUCCAUGGCUUCAUUCCGCCAGAGAGGCGCGGAGGGGCAGGGGCAGGGCCCAUCCUCCCAAGUUCUGGGAGAACCUCUUCCCCGGAGGAGGAGAGCGAACUCAGCGAUCAGCAGAGGAGGCUCUCCUGCGCGAGGGAAGAAGAGCGAGGGAGGACUGGGUUGCGCAUGUAAGGAGCAGGGCGGCUGCUCGGGCAGCGAACCUGUCGGAGGUGGUGAGGGUGGGGUUUGCCGAUGACGUCGAGAUGUAUCAUCCUCAUCUCUCCGUGCUCGGCCCGCAGGCGUGCGAUGUCCCGUGCGUCUUCCUGGCUCCCCGGGCGACCAGCGACGCGCACGUUGUGGUCUACCUGGGGGACGCUGAGGUCUACCGCAAGGAUGUCGGGGGGAGGAGGAUUGAGAGGAGGGGGGGGCAGGAGGGGGGGCAGGGACGCCGGAAGGGGGAGGCAGCAGGGUCCGAGGAGGAGGGCGCGGGGCCCCUGAACGCUGUUGUGUUCCGCGAGGCUCUUUCCAAGUUCCCCCGGAGGGCAGCGGGCAAGUACGACUUGUUCAUCGACUACAGGAGGGCCGGAGGCCUUGACCCUGCCGUCCCUCACGUCUCCUACGGCUACCUCGACGAUGUGGAGAGCCUGCUGGCUGACGCCAGGCGAUCUCCUCCCCUCCUCCUCCGCCCCGUCCUGAUGUCUGCCGUCGUCCUCCGCUGCGGCAACCGAAGCGACGCCGGGGAUCGGAGGGAGCAGAGGAGGAGGCUCGUGGAGGAGCUCUCGGGCCUCAUUGAGCUGCGGUCAUAUGGCCAGUGCGCCAACAACGCUGAGUGGCCGAAGGAUCAUUACAGGGACAAGCGGCAUGGCUCCAUCCCUGUCGUCUCCGCCGGCUCGCACGUUCGCCAGUUUGCGCCUCCCAACAGCUCCAUCUUCGUGCAAGACUUCUCCUCAGCGCAGGAGCUCGCAGACGCGAUCCUCGAGGUUGAUCAGAGUGAGGAGAUGCGAGAGGGGAUGCGCGAGUGGAUCUACAACUCCUCCAUGCCCGGCUGGGUGGAGUGGAGGAGAACGAUGAGGUCGAUCGAAGGCUCGUCUGUGCGGUGCAGGGAGGUCAGGAAGCGGCUGGCUCUGCUCCACGUCCACCGCGAUCCUCAGCUGAGGGAUGAGGAUCUUAGAGCGAGUUGGCAGGAGGCAUCUGCUGGGGUAUCAAGAGCAGAGGAGGAGAGGAGGAAGAAGCUUUCCGAUGCGAGGAAGGUCAGAGUUGAGCUCUGA